AUGUUAAAGGCAAUAGUGAUUAUCGCUUUACUCAGUAGCUCCAUACUGGCUGUUGUCGUCAAUGGUUAUACGCUCCACUUCAAGAACAAUUGCAAGUUCCCGGUAUGGCCAGCGGUAGGGAAAGCGCCCAACGGACAACCAGACCCGUCGGUCUCGUACGGCACCAAGCUCAACCCAGGCGGAGAAAGCCAGUUUGGCGUGAAUGACCGGGAGAUCGGAAUCCGCUCAUGGGGACGCACAGGAUGUGAUCCCAAGGGCGCUAAUUGUGCAACUGGAGCCUGUCGAGGUGGACUUCGUUGUAACGAUGGCGGGAUCACUUCGAGGGUGUUGCUUGGUGAAUACGGCUACCAAUCCUUUGGUAAUGUGAUCUCGUGGGACUUAUCUCGGGUCGAUGGUUCAAUCAACAUCGAUACAUCCAUCAAUAACGGAGGAAACGCCAAGACUUGUAGGAAGAAUAACUGUCCAUCGAACCAGGCUUUUGCCAAACCAAACGAUUUCCAAGCGAUCACCACCAGCCCGGUAGGUUCAACUUUCAGGAUCACGUUUUGUGCUUGAUUAUAGAAAGCCCAAACUUCUCUAUCCAUGUUCUCUUUCCCCCUUUCAUUGUAUCCAAGACCCGUGUUCGUCUAUCUUACCCGCUAGACAGGCCAGAAAGAUGAUCGUGGAGGUAGACCUAGGGCCUCCUAACGUGAGCGUCAUGAGCAGGCGUGAG